UCUGUGGUCACAUGCCGCGUGGUCUAGUGGGAGGAGCAGUUGCCCAGCGGCCACUUGGAGCUUCCUGUUUCCGGUUCCCGGAGUGCGGCACUGCGAGGCGCCCGGGGGAACGCUGGCCUCUGACACAAACUCUGGGACCGGGGUCCGCGGCUGGCCCCUCGCUGGCUUCGUCUCCCAGCCCCAGACAGGAAUUCACCGGGGCAUUUUGAGCGGUGGAUACUCCCUUUGCCCGUGGCACUUCGUUCUGAAGGACUCACAUGUGAAUUAGACUGAAAGUUGAUGCUCCCCUUCUACAGCUGCUGGAGGACUGGGCUGCUCCUGCUGCUGCUCCAGGCUGUGGCAGUGAAGGUAUCCUGGCAGACAGAAGAAAAAUCCUGCGACCUGGUAGGAGAAAAGGGUAAAGAGUCAGAGACGGAGUUGGCUCUACUGAAGAGGCUGAAACCACUUUUUAACAAAAGAAAAGUAGCUGCUGUAAGACUGGAUCCAAGAGAUCAGCUUGGGAAUUCAAGCCUGUUUGAUAUCUGUCAUGGAUUGAAUUAUGUCCCCCCAAAAAUCUUUGAGAGCACUGUUGGCCAGGGCCCAGACACAUACAUCUACAUGUUCAGGGUAUGCCGGGAAGCUGGUAACCACACAUCUGGGGCAGGCCUGGUGCAGAUCAGCAAAAGUAACGGGAAGGAGACGGUGAUAGGGAGACUCAAUGAGACGCACAUCUUCAAUGGAAGUAAUUGGAUCAUGCUGAUUUAUAAAGGAGGUGAUGAAUACGACAGCCACUGUGGCAAGGAGCAGCGUCGUGCAGUGGUGAUGAUCUCCUGCAACCGACACACCCUAGCGGACAAUUUUAACCCUGUAUCUGAGGAGCGAGGCAAAGUCCAAGAUUGUUUCUACCUCUUUGAGAUGGAUAGCAGCCUGGCCUGUUCCCCAGAGAUCUCCCACCUCAGUGUGGGUUCUAUAUUACUUGUCACGUUUGCAUCACUGGUGGCUGUCUAUAUCAUUGGGGGAUUUCUAUACCAGCGACUGGUGGUGGGAGCCAAGGGGAUGGAGCAAUUUCCCCACUUAGCCUUCUGGCAGGAUCUUGGCAACCUCGUAGCCGAUGGUUGUGACUUUGUGUGCCGUUCUAAACCCAGAAAUGUGCCUGCUGCGUAUCGUGGUGUUGGGGAUGACCAGCUUGGGGAGGAGUCAGAAGAAAGAGAUGAUCAUUUAUUACCAAUGUGAUUGCACUUUAAAUGUCCAGCCUCUUCAAUCCCCUAAACCAAAGCAUACCCAGCCAGAUUUCUCAAGUGUCACUCACCACUCUCAUCUCAUCCCACCCUUCAUACUACUCUUGGCUUUUCACUUUGCUUUUUGUCUUCUCACUAGAACUCCCUUUUGCUCCUUAUUUUGUUGUAGAGGUACAAUUGUAGGAUAGAGGUAAUAGGGCCAGUGACAGCAGAGGCUACUGGACUAUCACUUGGUAUCAGAAGAUACAGAUAGGAUAGUGAUAGUGGGCAAAAGGGUGUGGAAGGCCCCCUGGCCUUUUUUUUAAACACAUUUUCACAAGUUUUUGAGACACUGGAUUCCUUUAAUUUAAAAAAAAAAAAGCAGACACAUUUAUACAAGUUUUAGUUGUUUUCACACUGUUACUCUACUCUAGGCUCCAUGAGAAUCUGGAUGGAAUUUCUUGCUGCUUGGAACUGCCUUGCAGUGGUUACUUGGUUGCAGCCCAAGUUGUAAAGCACUGCUAUUUGGUCUGAACCUGGAGAGGUCCUAGACUCACUUCUCCCACCUGUGAUUACAAUGGGGAAAAUGUGAAAUGUUCCCAGUUACAGUAUUAUAAGGUAUCAUUUGUUGGCAUUGGGGUGACUUUUAUAGCUUGGAUUGGGUCCUGGAUUGUGGGUUUGUCAGUUUGUAUAUAGCCAAAAUGCCUAAUACAGAAACCCAGUCAGUUGGAAAGGGAGAUGAAACUGACCUAUGCUACAGGGGUUCCAGAAAAGGAAAACCAGCAUACCUUGUAGUGUGAUCUCCUUGAUUUUCUUUGCACGUUUGUAGUAAAAGCUGGCAAAGCUUUUAUUCCUAAGAGGUUUCCCUCUACCGGUAUUUCUAAACAUAUAUUGCACUUUCUUCCCAGGCAUGUCAUUUUGACCAUUUUUUUUUUCCAAUUCUCUGGAAAGGGAAUGAAGUGCAAGUGAGGCAUCUAGGACUCUGCUGUCCUCUGCUCUGGGUGUGGAACGCUGCUGCACCUGUCCCUUCUGCUGGCUCAGGGAAGUGUCAUCUUGCCCACAUUUCUGUGGUACAGGUUUUUCCAUCUUUUGAUGCUUCCACCUUUCUGUUUCGGCCAUGUGCCCAGAAGUGUGGGCUGAUCUUUCUGUAAUAGUGAACCCCUGGGCCACUGAAGAGUACAGUGGCUCCAGUGGACAAAAAAAAAAAGAUGAA